AAAACUAAGUUUUACCUUUUUGAGGGAGCAGAGAGUCACAUGCUGGACGGGCCUUUAGCCGGAGCUGCUAACUGUGACGUUUUGUCGCUAUAUUUGUAAUACCUCUUAUCACUUCGGGCUACAGAUUUCAUGGACAUUAAAACUUGACAAGCCACACACACACACAAAAAGUUAAAGGAUCGUUUUGAUUUUGUGUUUCUGUUGGUUUCAACGCAGCUGUGCACUAAUCAGAAUCGUGUUUAGGAAGUUUUCCGAUUUUGACUUUCUCACUUUCUGUGUGGUCAGUGUGAGGGUAGAGUGAGACCGAUCUGGAAAAUUCCAGGUCUUGAUUAGAAUUCCGGGCUCUUGGAAGGUCGAGGAUGAGGAGUCUAGUUUUACUCACGCUCCUGUUAGGAGCGUGUGCUGCACAAAGCUGGAAUGUGGAAAGUUAUUCUGGCCCACAAUAUCAAAGCUACCAGUACAGCUACUCCCAGUGCUUCGGGCUGGCCAGAAGAAGUCGACAGACCAAGGUAGAGAUACCAACUUUGUACAACACAAAAACCAGACAGUCUGCUCCAGUACCGCAAGCAUUGUACAGCGCUGAUAGGUCUGUCAUCGCCAAACUUGAAGGAGAAGGUUGGGUUGUCAGAACUCAAAGAACUCUUGUGCCACAAUUUGUUUACGAGCGCGUGCCUGUCUGCUGCCCGUGGGAACAAAGCUGCGAUCAAAGGCAGACGAACCAAGUGGACCAGAUCAGCCAGGACUCCAAUGCCCCAUGUGCAAACGGAGGUCAGCUAAUCUACAAAGAUGGGCAACAGGUCUGCCAAUGUCCAUCUGGCUACCAAGGAUUGUGGUGUCAGACACCGGUCACGUCCAGUAAAGUUGAACACACACCGAAUUUCCCCAAGGGGUCCAUCAUUCGUCUGACUACAACAUCUGGACCUUACCUCGACCAGGCCCUCAACGAGGCUGACAUUCUGAAAAGACAGCAAUUUCCUAUAGUCCCAAUGAACGGUCGAAUGCCUGUACCAAGGGACGCAGCUCCAUUAACUCCGUAUAAUCAGCAGGCUGCUCUCUGGCAUCAGCAGGCUUUGAGGGCACGUCUUGCCCAGCUUCAGGAUUUGUACGUCAGGUCCAGAGGUUACCCAAUCCGACACACACCUUGUGUCAGCUGUAGGCGAAUGAAGCCAGUAGUGAGCCUCCCAGCACCCGGGGUGCCAAGACCUUAUUUCGCCAGACAAUUCCAGGCGCCCUAUCUGCUUUCCCGGGCCAACAAGCCCUAUCCUCAGGCCAGGCUGGAUAAGCCCUAUCCUCAGAUCAGGCUGGAUAAGACGUAUCCUCAGAUCAGGAUGGAUAAGCCCUAUCCUCAGAUCAGGCUGGAUAAGUCCUAUCCCCGGGGGCUCAACCUAUACACCUCCCCGAGGCCGGUCAUGAUCGCUAGAAAUCCGUACAGCUCUUUAACGUCGUCAGGUCAACUUCCUCCAAGAAUGAUGGAAGCAGCCCAGGCCAUCCAGCAGGACCUUCAGCAAAGGGAGAGCAAUCCGUACAGUGUGCCAUCUGGUCGACGCUACGGUAACCCCUACAACAGUCUACCCCAGCAGACGCCUAUGUAUCUACCACCUCAAGGAGCCAGAGUGCCUGAAGCCAGGACCCCAUGGGAUCUCGAUCCUUUCAACCAGCAACAAAACCCCUUCGGCCAACAGCAGAAUUCUGGGUACAUGAGUGAUCCCAGAGCUUCCGAAAAUUACAACAGAGAAAGACAACUCCUGGCAAUGGCUGUCUUUAAGCAACUAAUGGACCAACAGAGAGCUAGAAUGGCAGUCAGCUCACCCGUGCUGAGAGCCCAAAAACCAACAUUGGAACAGACACAAACAACAACUCCAGAAGCAGUUAAAGUUCCAGAGCCACCGAAAAAUGAGGUGCCCAAGGAGAUGCCCCUCAUGCCCACACCAGAGGAGAUGGUUCAAAUGCGCGAGUGCCAUUCAGUCCUGGAGCCUAAGAUCAAAGCCUGCUUCGCGAGCCAAGAUAUGUCCAUCGAACAAUUUAUGAACCCGGAAUUCAUUCAGAAGUCAAGCAAACUUUGCCAGAACAAUGCCGUGUUGAUCCAAUGCAUUCAGCAACUGGGAGAUGUCUGUGUAGAGAAGUCUGCCCAGAUUAGCAAGAAAGUCCUUGACUCUGUUCUACGUACUGUUGGAAUGGUGUGCCAGCAGAUUGCAUCACGAGUCGGUACUCAGCCAGUUCCUGCUCCACAAACACAACAAACACAGGACCAGGUCUCUCAAUCCUCAGGCAGCACAGAGUCACCAAACCAGGCUCAGGCACCAGAAGAGAGCCAAGAUGACCAGACCAUGCCCUCCCUUGAAGAGCAGCAGCAGAUGAGGCAGUGCCAGGGCAUCCUGGAACCUGCCCUGAACGAGUGUGUUAAGUCCUACGAGAUUACACUGGACCAGUUCAUGAACCCCAAUUUUAUGAACAAAGCUCGGGCUGUCUGUCAAGACUCCACUAACGUUGCCAUGUGCAUAAAAAAACUGGAUAGUACUUGUGGUGCCUCUAACGUCAAGACCACUAAGAAGAUGCUCAACUCUAUUCUUGGAAUGAUGGGAAUGGUCUGUCAACAGAUUCAAGUGGAGGGAGGAGUUCAAGCCAACAAAGACUUCCAGCAAACCUCCAAGGAACCGGUUCAGUUACCAGUGCAGGAACAGACCAUGACACAAACCAACCAACAAAAACCAGGACUGAUGCCCCCACCUCCACAACAAGCUCAAGACCCAGCUGAUAGUCAGCAGGAGAUGCCAACUCCUGAAGAGAUCCGCAUCAUCCAACAAUGUCAGCCUGUCCUAGAGCCUGGUCUUAACGAAUGUCUGAAGAACUAUGACCUGACAGUCCAGCAGUUUGCAAGUCCACAGUUCAUGGACAAAGCUCAAAAUGUUUGCCUCAACAGCAAUGCUGUAGGCGAAUGUGUCAGGAAACUGGAAAACAGUUGCGGUGAGCCAGUGGUCAUCAGAAAGAUGCUUAUGUCCUUGAUGAGGAUGAUGACCAUGGUCUGUCAACAAAUUCAGACCAGAGGGGGAGAGAAAUCUCAGCCCGCUGAAGCGAAUAACCAAACACCAGGUCGCACAUUGCCAGGGUUACCCACCGAAGAAACGUUACAACAUCUUCAGCAAUGCCAGCCUGUCUUGCACACCAAGAUCAACGAAUGUCUGAAGAGCUACGACCUGACAUUACAGCAGUUCAAUGAGCCUCAAUAUGUCGAGAAGAGCAGCAAGAUUUGCCAAGAUGGUCCAGCUGUAAGCUCUUGUAUUAAACAGUUGGACAAAGCUUGCGGAGAAGAUUUUGUCCUUUCCACAGGCAGAAUCAUCAAAUCUGUGCUUGGAACUAUGGGAAUGAUUUGUGGACAAAUUCAGUCCAGAGCAGAGCAAGAGCAAGCACCAAGAAGUCAUCGUGGUCCACUCUUGAGAUCUGGACCUCCCACACUCAACAAGAACCUGAACGAAAACCCAGCUCCAGUGGCCAGUGAGAAUAAACAUGAAUCACCCAGUCAGACAGAUAACCUUCCAACCAAUAGUGACAAUGUCGUGGAAGGGGAGCAACCUACUCAAGGCUUGGCUGCCAAGCAGUCCAGUGGCGGAGAACAGGUGGUGAAAUACAUGAGCCGUGACCUGGAGCUCUUUGGCUACCCUCUCUGGCUGAUCAUCACCCUCAUCCUCAUCUUGGCUGUCCUCCUCCUCCUCUUUGUCAUGGUCGUCUGCCUGUGCCUGAGGCGCAAGAAGAAGCAGAGGAAAGUGGUCAUCACUAAGGAUGCCUGUGAAAAGCCGCCCUUGCCUGAGGAGACCUUGUGCACCAUCGGCAUCCCACCCCCUUCGUACACAAUAACACCAAUUCAACAGAAUGAAGACGGUUUGACACUGCCGCCCAUUGACAUUGGCGAGGACUCUGUCAGUGUGUCUCUCGAUGACAGUGCUACCGAGAAGCCUCCACUCAAAGACACAGACAACAAAACAGGGAAAUACUAAAUAGAUAAUGCUAGUAACAAAACACUAAGUCCUAGAGUGCAGAAUUAACCUAUUGAGUUUUCAAAAAGAUGUGAUGUAUAAUUUAAUUCAAAUAUUACCUGGAAGUCUUUAGCAGCAACCAUUUUUUUAAAAUAAUUUUUAUUGGACAAUAAAAACCCCCAGAUAUCCCAAGACAGUGACACAGUUCUGAAUUUCUUCUGAGCAGUAGCCUAGAAUAUUGUGUGUGUCUAUUUUGUUCAUCUUGCUUGUAUGUCUUUGUAUCAUGUUUGCUUAUUCAAACAAGCUCAUUCAAAGAUUUGGUGCUUGGAUUAUUUGUUGCAACAUUCCAAUGUAAAAAAAAAUAUUAUAACAAUAUUUACAUAUAUAUAUUAAAAUUAAAACAAACUGUGUGGUA